CAGGGUGUCAUUCGCAUGGCAGUAUUUAUCCCUUGGCAGAAUUUUGCAGAUCUGUAUUAUCAAAACAUGGCCACAUAGCAUUUUUUUGACAGCUAGAAAUUCAGACAAUCAGACCCCACCACUUACUACUUGACACCCUUUUAUGCCUUAAUCAUGGCCUCCUCAUCCUCACAAUCUCACACACAUUCUCCUCAUAACAUCUCUCGCUCUCUCUCUGUUCUACGGGGACACAUUCAUUGGAGAAUUGAUUUGCAUAAUCAUUUAAUGGCUGCUCCUUUUGGGUCAAUGUUGAUGUUCUUCUUUAUGGUUUAUUUCACUUCACUUGCAUUGGCAUCUCCAGCAGUAGUCAAUGCACAAUUCUCUACCAUAUCUGCUGCUCCUGCAUUUCUACCAGGUGCUCCAAUGGCUUCUCCGCCAGGUUUGUCACCUGACAUUGAACCUUUGUUUCCUACUAAUCUGUCACCUUCUCCAACUGAGUCCUCACCACCUAUUAUUUCUUCAAACCCAAGCCCACCAAACCCAGAUAACAUACUAGCUCCUGGACAUGGUUUGGGGGCAUUCCCACCAUCAGAAGCUCUGCCUACUUCUUCCUCAGUUUCAUCAGGACCUGUGAAUUUGGUUUUCUUUGUUGGUUUCCUGUGCUUCUGCUUAAUUCAGCUUUCUGGUAUGUAAGGUAUUAUUGAUGGGAAGCUUCCAUUAUUGCUACUAGUGGUUGUUCCACUUUCUUUCUUUUAAUGUUUUGUAGAUGUCCUCUUGUAUUGUACUAUGGUUUAGUGGCCAUGUUAGGUGAAUUGAAGUGUGUGGCAUUGUUGCUGCUGAGUUGUGAUAGGAUAAUGUUUCAAAUUUUAUUACUAUAGAUAAAUAAAGCUGGUGUCACUUGUCCUUGUA